CAUGGAUAUAUAGACAAAUAUGUAACAUUAUACUGAUACAGUGAAAGUGCUAUAAUAACCAUGUAAUAUGAUGAAUAAAUGAUCGUAUAUGUGUAUGGUUUAAGACCACUCCUACAAUUAGGGACUCAUAUAAAUACUAAACCUACACAUUUGUAACCAUACCUGAUCUGCAUCACCUCCAGAUAGACACACAAAAAAAACACCAAAAUGGCAUUCAAAUUCGUCGCUAUCUUUGCUCUGGUGACAGUAGCUCAGGCGGGUCUCAUCGGCCAGGAAUCACGCCCAGCCUACUCAGACUCCACCGCAGUCUCUUACUCCAGCAUCUCAUCCCCAAUCAACCCUCACGAUGCUGCUGCCUCCCCCUUGGCUGCCAGAGCCCCAUCAUACGCCGCUCCCACCGUAACAUCGCCAUCCUUCUUCCACUCAUCGGCCCCAUCAGCCCCCAUCCGAGAAGCCGCCCCAGAAUAUAGGCUGGCCGCCCCAUCGUCAUACGCCGCCCCAUCCCAUGCCAGACAAGAGGAAUACGCCCCCGCCCACUACUCCUUCGGUUACGAGGUCAACGACCCUCACACCGGAGACGUGCACGGUCAGCAGGAGACCCGCGAAGGGGAUGUCGUCAAGGGUAGUUACUCCCUUGUCGAAGCUGACGGAUCCAGGCGUCUGGUCGAAUACACCGUGGACGCCCACAGUGGGUUCAACGCAGUCGUGCAUAGGGAAGCUGCCGCAGGGCAUGUUAAGAAUGCCGCCCCGUCAGCAGUCGUCAGGCCUGUUGCCUAUGCUGCCCCUCAGGCUGUUUAUGCUGCUCCUCGUGCUGCCCACGCCUACUCGUCUCCUGCUGUGGCCAGGUUGGGAGCGCCUGCUGUAGCUAAAUCGGCUUACUCUUCCGCCCCAGCUGCAUUUUACUCCAGCGUAUCUGCUCCAGUAGUCCGUCAUGCUGCUGCUCCCUCUUACUACCACUGAGAUAUUCGUCGUCUUGUUUGUAAAUAGGUCUAUUUUAUUAAUUUAUUUGUAUUAU